GAACAGCAGCCCCGCCGCCCCCUGCCGCCGGCCGGAACAGAGCACCUGCGGACGGAGCGCCGCUGCAGGAGCGCCUCCGGUCGUGUUCCUCGCCAAGCUCCAAGGCGGGACCUGUACCACGGAGCUUGGCGACGGCCAGCCCGUUCACCCGGCUCGGGGUCCGCCAGCACCACUCCCUGCCACCACCACCACCACCACUAACCGCCCGGCCGAUCUGCGAGGGCUUUAGGUUCUGGUGCUUCGGAACCCAGGGAUUGGAUGGCGGCGGCGACGGAGGAUCCGCGGCUCCUGGUAUCCACCCCUGGGGUGGAACGCGCGGGAGAAAUCGACGGCACGAUGGGGGAGCAAGGGCGGCCGCGAUGCGACGACGACGAGGAGAUCCUGCGAUUCAUGGACUCGGUGGACGGCUACCUCGUCCUCAUGGACUCCCUCUCCUCCGCUCUUCGUCAGGGGUGGCUCGAUAUGGCAAGUGCUCGCCAUUCUAUGGGCCCAUCACGUGUUUCAAGUACACUGUUUGAUCAUAAAGAACAGUCUGCUGCCACUAAGCUGCAAGUUGUUGAUCAUGCUGGUCUGGAACCAUCAGAGUCGAAACCACACUUUGCCCUAUCGAAGUGGUCUUUGCAAGAAGAAUGUAACUCCACCUAUGAUGUCACUGAGCAAGCUAGUACUGAGCCAAAGUUGAGGCAUCGAGGAUCAGCUACUGCCCCGGAUGGAAACCAUGAAAGGGAUGCAACCACAUCAGAUUCAUCUACUGGUGCCGGCACUAGCAGUCAUGUUCAAAAAGCGAGAUCAGAAGCGCUAUCAGUCUUUGGAGCAUUGGUGUCUCCAAAACUACGAACAGCCCAAAUUUCAUUUGAAACAGCGCUUGAAUUGAUUGUAGAGCUGGCAAAUUCGAGGUCCAAUAUGCUUGCAAGUUUCUCCCAGUUAAAAGAGUAAAGCUUUUCUUUUGAUUUGAGGUUUUGUACACUGGACAACAUCAAUAAUCAUGGGAUUCAAGCAACUGUAAACUCAAAUUCUGGAAUGCAGCAUAUUUUCAAGGAAGCAUGAAUAUUUUGUUGUGCA